AUGGAAGCUUUAACUUUUAUUCAAGAGGGAUUCUACACUUCUGAGGACGAAGAUUUGAUCAUGUCCCAGUUGCUUGCUAAUUACUGUUCUGUCUCAAAUGACCUGAACCGUCAGGCUUCAAGCACUCAAAUCCCAUUUGCAUAUUGUCCUAGCAGACAUGAAUGUUCAGCAGAAACAGACGUGGAAGGCAUUACUAAUCUUUAUUCUCGAAGAAUUACGGCGACACAUUACCAUAGCCCCGAACUUUAUUGUAUGUGGGAUCCCAACAGUAUCACCAACGUUCAUUUCAAUGAAAGUGAAAAAAAUGCAGGCAUGGACCAAGCAAUGAGAAAUUGCAAUGCAGAUCAUGAAGUUGUGUCUGAGAUUUCUAAGAAAAGGUCUUGUCCUUCUGUUGAUCAUGUCCAGAUGAACAAGAGGAAUGUGAGGUCCAAGAAGACUGAUCAAAGGCCAGUCUUAACAAGAAAUAUUGCAGAUAGUUGCAGCUCAGGGCAUGAUGAACCUAUGAAUGCUAAUUCUCACCAGGAUAUGAGUCCGAAACCCAGAUUCCAAAGGGGAUUAACAACCGAUCCACAAAGCACAUAUGCAAAGAAAAGUAGAGAAAAAAUAAACUCAAGGCUGAGAAUUCUGCAGAAUCUUGUACCUAAUGGAACAAAGGUUGAUAUCAGCACAAUGCUUGAGGAAACUGUUGAGUACGUGAAGUUCUUACAGCUUCAAAUCAAGCUUUUGAGCUCUGAUGAACUGUGGAUGUACGCUCCUGUUGUUAACAACGGUAUAGGCAUCAGAAUUCAUGACUUGCUCAACUCUUAA